AUGGUGUCUUUUGACGUCGUCUCACUCUUCACGUCCAUACCACAGGCCCUUGCGGUCGAAAUGUUCAGUGACCUCCUACGUCAAAAUUACGACGGGGGCGAUGGCCAGCCCACAGCUCAGGAUCUCAUAGAACUCAUGAGGCACUACCUCAAGACAUUCUUUACAUUCGAAGGGACCACAUACGAGCAGAUCAAGGGCACUCCAAUGGGUUCACCAAUCUCCGGGCUCAUUGCCGAGGCGGCUCUACAAAAACUCGAGAGACGACUAUUCGAGGAGUACAAACCCAAGUUUUGGGCACGCUACGUUGAUGACACCUUCGUAAUCAUAGACCAGGAUAAAAUCAAGUACUAUGUGGAAGUAAUGAACUCAAUCAUGCCCGAUCUACAGUUCACGAUGGAAGAGGAAGUAGAGGACAAACUUCCAUUCUUGGAUGUUCUCGUCUGCCGCCAACCAAAUGGUGAAAUAGCGACGUCGGUCUACAGAAAACCGACGAACACGCUGCAAAUUCUCAGCUACAACAGCAACCACCCACCACAACACAAACGAAGCUGUGUCCGCAUGCUGUACUGA